ACGCGCCGCUCUCUGCCUCUCUCCCGCCACCACUGGCUCUCAGUUGUCUGCUGGCUGGUGGCUGUGGUAAAGCAAAUUUUGUAGCGGACCCGUGAUUGCCCUGUUAAAAGUCACCUAGGCUCUAGCAGUGAAGCGUGAGGGAGGCGGGGAGAGUGACGGAGAGACAGAGAGUUUUCAAGGCCCGUUCGGAAGCCCUUCUCCCCGUACCUCCAUUUUUAAUAGGGUCUAGUUGAAGUGACUGGUGGUUCAGGGUGUUUUAUGCUUCAAGUGACAGAUUAGCAACAUUUCUACAUUGUGAACAGAAAAAAAUGACUGGAAAGCCGGGCUAAUUAUCUAUAGUGAGAGCAAAACAUCAGUCACUAAGAUUGUUCUCUACGGACUGUGCAUUGAAACAGCCUUGAUAAGAGAUACAUGCCUUGAAGAACUCCCAUAACCUUAACAAUGGAUAUCGCACUGGCUGUGGCUGAGGAGUCCAACUUAAAGGAGCUGCUGUGGGAGAGUGCACUCAUUAAAAAAGUGAAGGAGCAUCCACAGCUUUAUGACUUCAACCACAAGGACUAUAAAGAGGCUCUAAGGAGCAACCAUACGUGGAUCUCUGUCGCUGAGCAGCUGGGAAUGCCUGGCCGCUGGAAGAUCUGCAAGGAAAAGUGGCGCGCUCUCCGAGAUACGUAUGUGAGGAAAAGAAAGGGUUUCCUGAUGGGAAAGGACAGAGGCAAGUGGCCGCGGUGGAAGUUCUUCGAUCAAAUGAACUUCCUGCAUACAUAUAUCUGCCACAGACCCGAUAGAGAACAGGCACCACAUGGACUCAGCAUACACUGGGAGGACGGCAAAAGUGACUGUGACAGUAACGACGAGUCAUCACCGCCACACGAAACAGAAAAAGAAUCCGGGAUAAUCUUCGAGGAUGUCAAUAUUAAGAGAGAAGAGGAGGAGGAGGAGGAGGAAGAGGAUGAGAGUGUGAGGGUAACUAAAAGAGCUCGCCUCUCUAACAACCUCUCCACCAUGCAGGAAGAAAACAUGAGGAAUUCUGCAUUGGAAGACUUUGAUGCAGAAAUAUCGCGCGAGACAGACCCUCUUUCCUUCACUGAAGACGGGCAGACCAUAAAGGAAGAAUUGGAGUGGGGAGAUGAGGAAAUGGAUGAAGAGGACCAGAGUUUAAUAAAGGAAGAAGCAGCAGUGACAUCUCCAACAGAAUCUCCAACGCCACCACCAAAACCACUACCACCACCACCACCACCACUAGCACUGGCAGAUAAUAAGAGACCAAUGGUAGUACAAUUUAAACUACCUGGAGGUAAAUCCGUCCCUGCAACAUUCUUCUCUGAGGCAAACACGGAGUUGAUAAGUAGAAAAGUGGGAAUGAUCAUGCCCAAACCCAUGAGUGCUGUCCCCAUCAAGAUCAAGACAGUGUCAAGCAACCAGAUGAGAUCCUCUGGCUUCACACCUUUAGUGUCAUCCCCUUCCUUUGCAAACUCCCAGCAGACACCCAACAUACCCAUCCUGAAGGAAAACCUCAAGCAAACCAGCAGUCACAAACCCCUACAGUCUCCAGCCUGUGCCCUGACCCAGUUCCUGAAGCAGCAGAAGGAAGUGCAUCUGAAGAGGGUUUGCUGGAGGAUGAGGAGGAGCUGUUUGGCAGGUACAUAGCAGCUGCCAUUAGGAAACUUACCCGCAAAUCCCAAUCCCGUGCCAAGAUGCUGAUCCAACAAGUUCUCUAUAAGAUGGAGGAGUUCGACAGAGACAAUGAAGUGAAUGGCAAGGACCCUGGUGUGGCUGACAGUAGGGAGAAGUGAAAGUGCUAAGUUGUAGACUUGUGGCUGGCAGUGAGGAAAUGUGAAGAUGUUUGUGCCAGUUAACAAGGAUCUCUGAGGGUGCUGGCUGCUUCCUUAGGGGGGGUUCUGGCUGAAUGUUAAACACACAUGAACUAAAGGAAAAGGUGGGUAGUAAGAUUGCACUAAAGAAGGAACAUUCAGCAGUGCAUGACAAAAAUACUGUUAUAUUUGAAUUUACUGCUCAAAAUGUGUCUAUGUAUGCAAGCAAAACACAUAAAAAUAUUUUUCUUAA